CGCUCAUUACCACUCACACCAGCGGCCUAUAAAUAUGAAUCAGUAAAUACGACAUGCACAGUUGCAGACAACAGAAGAAUCAUGUUCUCUCUCAGUUUAGUGAUCACCUUCAUUUUACUGAACUCAAGCCUGCUGAUAUCAGCGAGUGGUGGACAUGGUCAUGGACAUGGUCACGGUGGACAUGAUCAUGAUCACGGUCAUGACUAUGACUACUGUAGGAGGUCCACUAAAACUGAAACUGCAUGUGAGGGCUCUAUCCUGCGUCUGUCCUGUCCUGGUUGUAAGAUCAGGAUCCUUGGUGCAAACUAUGGGCGUACAGAUAGAAAAACCUGCAUUAAGAACCGUCCACCACAUCAAAUCAGAGAAACCAGCUGCCGUUCAUCCAGCUCUCUGUCCAUAGUGUCAUCAAGGUGUGAUGGACGUCAGAGCUGCAAUGUACCAGCCACCAACAGUGUAUUCUCUGAUCCCUGUUAUGGCACAUACAAGUACCUGAGAGUCAAAUACUGCUGCUCACGUCGUAGGAGCUGAUCUUGCUGAUUUUUGUAUGAUUUCUCUGCCAGCGUCUCCCCUACAUUGACAUUUAACUUAAUAAAUGCUUAAUGAAAAUAA